AGAGUAUUAAGCGUUCGGGUUGCCUCGCAUAUAAUCGCGUCGAGUGACUUGACAGACAUCCUUGUUAUCUGUUGAAGCGAUAUUUAACCCUUGCUGGGCUCCCUAUAAGUCUCUGAGACCGGCCUCAACUUUUACUAGAACCAAGUAGACUCAAGUUCAUUCACUUGCCAAGCACUUUCAAAAUGAGAACCGCAGUUGCUGCCCUCGCCUUUUCUACGCUGGCCGCCGGCCACGCCACGUUCCAAGAACUAUGGGUUGCUGGCAAAGACGAUGCGUCGACUUGUGCUAGACUUCCGGCAAACAACAACCCUGUCACCAAUGUGGGCUCAAACGACAUCCGAUGCAAUGUUGGCGGCACCAAGGCCGCUAGCGCCAAGUGCAGCGUAGCUGCUGGCGACACCGUCACGGUAGAGAUGCACCAACAACCCGGUGACCGAGACUGCUCUAAGGAAGCUCUUGGAGGUAACCACUUUGGUCCGGUAAUCGUAUACCUGAGCAAAGUCGCGGACGCCUCCUCGGCCGAUGGAUCGUCAUCUUGGUUCAAGAUCUUCGAGGACGGUUAUGACCCCGCCACCAAGACCUGGGGUAAUGACAAGUUGAACAAGGGCUGCGGUAAACAAGACGUCAAGAUCCCCGCUGAUAUUGCCCCUGGCGACUACCUCCUACGUGCCGAGACCAUCGCCCUCCACACGGCUUCCCAGGCCAACGGCGCUCAAUUCUACAUGACUUGCUACCAACUCACGGUUACUGGCGGCGGCUCCGCGAAUCCCUCUGGUGUCAAGUUCCCCGGUGCAUAUAGCGCGAACGACCCCGGCAUCAAGAUUGAUAUCUGGGGCAGCAGCUUUACAGAGUACAAGAUCCCCGGCCCGGCUGUCUACUCGGGAUAGAUUCUCUAGUGAAGGAUCGCUAGGAGUUGGUGUACGAAGUAAUGGUACGGCCAUAAGUAGUUGUGUGCUUAGCUAUACUUUACUGAUGCAUAUAAACUUUUCACAAUUCAAGUAUUUAAAUAUGAUGAAAAAGAUGUCUACUUUCCUUAGUGCCUUGAAGGUUAUAAUAGUAAAGAUGUGACGUUACCUAGCAAUAUCUGUGUUCUCUUGUG